AUGCCUUCCGAAACACAAUCAUCCAAAUCCACACUUGCAUCCAACAUUACAAGUGAAUUUCAAGAAACUGCCCAGUCUCCUAUUUCUAUUCCUGUAGCUGAAGAAACAACCACUGAAAAAAUUAAUCUCGUCUCAAAUGAUUCUCAAGAAAAUUUACACACUCGACCCACUCAGAACAAUCAAUCUCGUUGUUUCCGUUGUCGAGCCAGGAUUCCUUUGGCAAAGCAGACUAUCAAUAAAUGUCGAUGUGAAUACGUUUUCUGUGACGCUCACAAGGUUCCAGAAAAGCACGAAUGUGAUUUCGAUUUCGCUAAAAUGGGUAAAGAUAUUUUGGCGAAAAAUAAUCCCAAGUUGAAUGAAGUUCCCAAAGGAGGUCGUUCGUUUAACCGAAUUGAUUGA